UUGCCGAACGAUCGACGCGAACUGAAUCUCACUGAGGCUCGGACUCGCAACUUUGUCCAGCGUGGAUUGGUCUGCGCCAGAUGUCGACAUCAUUAUACCCAUUGGCUUCAUUCCCUCAGAUAGAGAAGACACCGUCCCGAGAAGAUGGCAUCCCGGACGACCUGGAAGGAGACCUACGGGCCUAUGGGUGCAAGCUCAUUCAUGAAGCUGGGAUCUUAUUGAAACAAAAUCAAGUAGGAGUAGCUACUGCGCAGAUCCUGUUCCAACGAUUUUGGUUCGUUACGUCCAUGAAGCAGUUUGGCAUAGGGGAUAUAGGUAUGGGUGCUCUCUACCUAGCAUCCAAACUUGAGGAGUGUCCCAUCCGAAUCCGCGACCUCAUAAACGUCUACGACCUACUCCUCCAGCGCAAAGCGCACAUCCGAGCACAAGGCAUAGCAUCAAAGCUCGCGUCAUCAUCAACACAAACCCGCUCCGAAUUCAACUACACCCCCAUGUCCUACUUCGGCAACACCUUCUACGACCUCAAAGACGCCGUCGUCGUCGCCGAAAUGCAGAUCCUCAAGCGACUCGGCUUCAACCUCACCGUAGUCCUGCCUUACAACACACUGGUGAACUACCUCCGGGUACUCGGCCUCACAAGUCGCGAGGAUGUUUGCACCAAGGCCUGGGGCUAUCUCAACGACGCGCUGCAGACACCCGUGUACGCCCUCUACUCCGUGCCGACCAUCGUGUGCGCAGCCAUCCUGCUCACAACACGGCAUUUGGGCAUCGCCCUCCCGUCCGCACCCGAGAACUGCUGGUGGGAGCUGUUCGAUGCGGAAUGGGAUGACCUAUGGAGCGUCUGCGGGUACAUAACGUGUCUCUACCGCGCACAGACACUAGAAGACCACACGCGUGUGAUGGGGAUGGUGGCAAAGAAGGGCGUCCGUCAGUGGCUGGAAGAACAGCGACCACCUGGUGGAGAGAUUCGUUGAGGGCAAUGCACGGCAUGUAUCUUCUAGGGUCGCUCAGUAGCGGCCAACUUUGGUCCUUUCAAAUCUUA